UGCGCUAUACGGCACUUCGCACUUCCUUUCAUACCGGCGCUGUGUUGGGGCAGAGCAGCGUCAGAGGAACUGCUGGAUUAAAAGACUCCAUAUACUGACACAGAAUUCACGGCCAUGGCGAAGUUCCACGCCCCUGUGAUCCAGGACAACCCAUCCGGCUGGGGUCCUUGUGCGGUCCCUGAGAAAUUUAAAGACAUGCCCUACCAGCCAUUCAGCAAAGGAGAUCGUCUGGGAAAGGUUGCAGACUGGACCGGAGCUACUUACCAAGACAAGAGAUACACAAAUAAAUAUUCUUCUCAGUUUGGAGGCGGCAGUCAGUACGCCUACUUUCACGAGGAGGAUGAGACGAGCUUCCAGCUGGUGGACACUGCCAAGACCCAGAAGACGGCUUACCAGAGGAACCGCAUGAGAUUUGCUCAGAGGAACCUGCGCAGGGACAAAGACCGCAGGAACAUGACGCAGUUCAACAUGCAGACGCUCCCGAAGAGCGCUAAGCAGAAAGAGAGAGAGCGAAUGCGGCUGCAGAAGAAGUUCCAAAAGCAGUUUGGUGUCCGUCAGAAAUGGGACCAAAAAUCCCAGGCGCAGCUGAAGCCCAGAGACUCCUCUGUGGAGGUUAGGAGUGACUGGGAGGUGAAGGAGGAGAUGGACUUCCCCAGACUGAUGAAGAUGAGAUACAUGGAGGUGUCUGACCCCCUUGACAUUGAGUGCUGUGGUGCUUUGGAGUACUACGAUAAGGCUUUUGAUCGAAUCACCACCCGCAACGAGAAGCAGCUGAAGAGCAUCAAAAGGAUCUUCCACACUGUUACUACCACCGACGACCCCGUCAUCCGCAAGCUGGCCAAGACUCAGGGUAACGUGUUUGCCACUGAUGCCAUCUUGGCCACCUUGAUGUGCUGCACGCGCUCAGUCAACUCCUGGGACAUCAUCGUGCAGAGAGUGGGCAACAAGCUGUUCUUCGACAAGAGAGAUAACUCAGACUUUGGUGAGCGACCUGCAGUCACCAGCAGCUGGUUUCACUCUGAUGUUUUACACUUAGUUUGCUCUGAAAAACAAGUUUGA